AUGCUGCCGUCACGGGUACCACUCCAGCUGCCAGCAGCGAUGGCAGUGUCGCUGGCGUACCUCAACGCCGGCAUGUUUUUCGGCUGGAGUUCGCCGAUAAUCCCGGAGCUGCAGAAGAACACGUCGCACAUCCCCAUCACGGAGGACCAGGGCUCGUGGCUGGCGUCCGUGGGCCUGCUCGCCUCGUUGCCGCCCACUCUGCUGCUCGGCGUGUUCGUGGAGACUGUUGGCCGCCGAUGGGCGUUGCUGUUCGCUGCCGUACCCCUGCUGACCGUCGCUGUGUGGCAGCGGUUCGCCACCACCUUCGGGGAACUGCUCGCCACCAUCGUUGUGGGCAGCGUCAGCGCGAGCAUCAUCUUACCUUUGGCUCCCGUUUACUUGGUUGAAAUAGCCGAGGACCGCAUCAGAGGGUUCUUGGUGUCACUGGGUACAUUGAUGCUGGGAGUGGGUUCCCUGCUGAUCACCGCUAUUGGGCCAAAAGUGUCUUUCUUCACGGUGACCGAAAUCAUGAUGGUCGGGCCGGUCUUGUUUGUGGCCAUCUUCUGGUGGAUGCCAGAGAGUCCGUACUUCUUGUUGGCGAAGCAUCGCAAGGACGAAGCGACCAAGGCGCUGAUGAGGCUGCGCGGGAAGAGUUCGGAGGAGGAGGUGCAGGGCGAGCUGGAGGUCAUCCAGAGGGGACUGGAGGAGCGCUCGCAAAAGGAGAUCAGCGCCGCAGACGCCUUCCGGGAGCUGCGGAGGAACGCCAGGUCGCGGAGGAUCUUCAUGUUAUCAAUGGUCUUCACGAUGUGUGUGGUGCUGAGCGGCGUCGACGCCAUCGGUGCCAACACACUGCAUAUCCUGGUGGAGAGUAACAGCUCGCUGGACCCGGAGCUUUCGGCCAUCGGCGUCUCCAGCAGCACGGUGCUGUCCUGUAUUGUCUUCUCCCUCGUGGUGGACCGACUGGGUAGGAAGCCACUGCUGCUGUUCUCCUUAUGUGGCUGCUGCGUCGCUACUACAUCCCUCGGCGUCUACUUCUUCCUCAGCAUCUAUGCCAGCGAGGGCACCACAGACGCUGUCUUCUGGCUGCCUCUUAUCGGUCUCAUUGUCUAUUUUGUGUCCUUCGGCAUGGGCUUGAACUCUCUGGUAUGGGUGCUGCCCAACGAGCUGGUGCCGCCCUCGCUUCGAGUGCUGGCCUCCUCCUCCGUCUACGUCUUGAUGGCGGUGUUGGGCUUCAGCGACACCAAGCUGUUCCAGGUGGUCACCGACGCCUACGGCGCUUUUAUACCUUUCUGGUUUUUCGCGACGUGCUCUUUCCUAGGGAUUAUCUUCGUGUGGUUCUUCAUUCCUGAAACCAAAGGACGCUCGUUGGCCAACAUAUCAUCUGAGAAGAGCGUUGAAUCUUCUCCACACCAUAACCAGUCCAGCCAACCAACUUGA